ACGACAGACGCAAGUCGUGCAUAAGUCGACGACGGUCGCGCUAUCAAAGUUGGAAAUUUGCCUUCUUCUUACCUAAAUGCGAAAUUCGGUUUUGAAAAUUCAGUUGGCGUUCGACCAGCAAAUGCAACGAACGGUUUACAGCGGCUAAACGGACCACAAAAUACAAUAUGAAGCAAAUACAAAACUUGAGCCCAAGUUGAAGUGAUAAAGCAAAGCGCUUAAAAGUGCAGGCUACAAAAAUUAGUGUUAAUUUGUGAGAAAAAAACAAAAAAAAAAAUUUAAAAGAAGUGUUAACGGUGAAUGUGAAUUUAAAGUGUUAAAAAGUUACUUUGUAUGAAAACUUUUAGCGACUUAGCCUGCUAAAGAAGCCGAUUGGGCAAUAACACGUCUCAAUUAACACGUGUGUUGCUGCUGUUGUUGGCUUUUUCCAACUUUUUUUCAUUUUUUUGUUGUUGCAUUGAAAAGAACCAAAUAAAUUCAAUGCCAAGAAAAUACUUAAAGCGGAAAUCUAUUUGUGCAAAUCAGCUAAAACUAAAUUAAUACUGAAAUCUGCCACAAUUGGGAUUUCCAAAAGAAAAGAAAAAACACAAAACAAAAAUAAAUAAAAAAAUAUAAAAAAUACGAAAAUAUAAAACCAAAUAAAAGUUGGCAAGCAAAUAAAUUUGAAAACCAUAAAAUCAACACCCACAAUUCGUGAGAGUGCACCGAACAAAUCGAUGCAUUGAGCAACGAAAGAACACAUUAGUCAUCGACUCAUCGAAAAUACUUACAUAUAUACCGUUGUGCGCUCUAUCUACACAUACAUAUGUACAAGUAUAUACAUAAAUAAACACGUGAAUGACAUAACUGAAACAAUUGGCAUUACCGGAAGAGCAUACGCGGACACGAAUAUACUAAUAGUGAAAAAGUGAAAAUCAUGAGGCAACCACUUUGAACCACCAGCGCUUCCCCGCGGUUCAAAGAAACGAAACUCUCUACUGCAACACACGAAAAUCGCAUAAAUUACGGAUCAGUGAAAAUGUGCAAAAUCGCGACGUUUUCAAAAUCCGUUAAGAAUACAACAAAUACAACGCACACACUAACAUUUCUCAAAUCCAAUUACAAAUACAAACGCAGAGUGCACACAAGCAUGACGCAUACGCACGCAACGCCAAGAGCGCGCCAACCAUGGCGACGCGCUGCAAUUGCGGGGGCAGAGAACCGCUGCGCUAAUGCCAAAAAUACAUUAACUAAUGCAAUUAAUCAAAUAAUCAACACUAAACGAAUUACAUGUGAAAUUAAAUUAAUAUUUAAAUUAUUUAUUUUUUGCGUCGGCCAACUACUGACGCACACACCUUGCCAUACGCGCGACGAACGACGCCCGAGUGACAGCGUGGCGCUAACGCAGCGACGACAAGUCGUCGGCGGACGCUUUGAUGACACGAGCCAUCAACGGCGAAAUUAUGAUAAAGUGUCGAGCAGGCGAUGCCAAAUCGCGCAGCGUCUCCAUCAAUGGAGACAAAGACAGAUGCGUCAACACGCCACCAACAAGAGCCAAACUCGGCUAGCGCCGCGUCAGCAACAACAACAGCAGGGUUUAUAUGUGAGCGGCUUGGCGUGUAAUCAAAGCAGCCGUCGCUGCAGUGACAGCAAUUGGCAAGAUUUAUCGCCGGUGGUCGCGCGGCUGUCAACAAAAGCAACGGCAACAGCAACAGCAACGACAACAACAACAACAAUGCUGCAACGGUGGCACACAUCGUCAGCCAGUGCCGGGAAUGGACGCCUUAAUGUGCUCUCAACACUGGCGGCAAUAUUAUUUAUGGCAUUGGCAUUCAAUGCGACGCCUCUAGUGGAUGCCGGCGCCUGCUGGCGUUCGUCACAAAGUAAUGGCAAGUGCAGCGAGAUUUACUUGAGGAACAGCACCAAAUCCGAGUGUUGCCGCUAUCCGGAGCUUUUCUACACGGAUCGUGAUGUUACCGAUGUAGAGUUCUUCUUCACAACAACCGUUGGUGAUGGAAUGACUUGCUCACCUUGUGCGCUUAGCUGCAAGAGCAUGCAAUGCGGUUGGAAUAAGAAGUGUGUCAAGCGCAAGGGCCGUCCAAAGUGUGUCUGCGCACCAGAGUGUGGAGCGGCCAAGCGACACAAGCAACGGGGCCCGGCGAAGAUUUACCGUGGACACGAACCACACAACGAGCAGUUGCGAAUGAAUAGGCAUAUCAUCGCUGGCGCAUUCGGUGCCGGUGCUGCGGGUGAAGAAGCCGUUGAAGGCGACAGCGCUGCCGCAUUCUUCAACGAAGGCAAGUCGCCACGCGACAUACGUAGUUUAAGUAGCGAAAUUACAAAUGUUAAUUUAGGUGUUGAACACCAAAUGCAAAUACAAAAUCAAAAUCAAAACCAAAGAAAACUGAUUAUAAUGCAAAGUCAAAGCCAACAGAAGCCUCAGUUAAGUAGACGUGUAGAGAAACCGGGAAGACUUUUAAUAACGGCCAAUGUCGAACAUGACACAGAGAAACCCGUCCAACAGCGUAUACAGAUUAUUAGUAAUGUAAGAAUGAAUAGCCGAAAACAUCACAACCACUUUAGUCGCGACGCUUUCGAUGAUGAAUUCAACGACGAAGAGGAUGAUGACGAAAUUAACGAAGACGACAACGACGAGGACAACGAUAAUGAUGAUGAUGACGAUGCUUUUGUUGUUGCGAAUAAUGACGACGAUGAUGAUUUGGAUGAUUGGUUGGAUGACGUCGUUGGCGCAGAAUCGACGGGCAAUCAUCGGCGUAGUAGCGAUGAUUCAACAAGAACACCACCGUUGGAGUCACGAAGAACCUACCAUUUGCCGUCUAGACAUAAGGCAAAUAAAAAUUCAAAUCACAACAAGAAGCGGAGACAACAUGAAAAUGAAAUGGAGCUCAGCAAGCGCCAGCAGGAGAAUAGCAGCAACAACAAUUUCGCCAUAAUAAAACGUUUUCAACCGGCAGCAGCAUCCAGCACAUCAAAUGCCAGACGGCUCGAGAACGCUCCAAAUCACGAGGAGGUGUUGCCAUCAGCAGGCGAUACGGUGAAUAUUAAUAGUGCCAGCAAAGGCAAUGGCAACGGCAACAACAAUAACAAUUACAACAGCAAUAAAGGCAAAGGUAAGCACAACAUUGACGGCGGCAGACAACGUGAACGUCAUCACCAUCAACAACGCAAACGCAAACAUCAGAAGCAACAACUACAACAACAACAACAACAUCAGAGUAGCCAUCAGCACAAUCACCGCUCACAUAAAAAGCACAAGAAGCUAAAGGAUCACAAUGCUAACAACAAUGACAACAAUGUGCGCACGCGCACCUCGUCUGCAACAUCCUCGUUGGCCGCGCACAACGAUAACAUACCGAUGGCAACGGCGGCAACAACAACAAUAACAACACAAACGCCCAUAGUAUCAACAACAAUGGAGUGGCAGACAACAGCUGCUACCACUCCCGUAAAUUCCAUGUCGCCGUCUGAUGAUCGUCGUUUAUUAAAUCACGGAAGUCAUAUUGCAAAAUCAUCGCCGUCGUCGGCAGUGAAAAAGCAAAAAACCGGCGCAUCGUCUGAGGCGUUUUUCGGUGCUGAUGCUGUUGGUGUUGGUGCUGGCGAUGGAGGUGUUGCCGCUGACGUUGGCAAAUCAUCUCUUAAUUCAGAUGACUCGACACUACUGGAUGGCAUAUACGAUGAUUUCAAUGUCUACGGAUUCCCGAAUCGCCAAUUUGAAGUAGCGGUAGAAAAUUUCCAUGGCCCACAUCCGGUUUGUGGUACAGAUGGUCGCACUUACAACACGGAAUGUCAAUUGAAGAAACGCGCCUGCCGCACCAACAAUCCAACGCUGGCUGUAGCAUAUCGAGGACAUUGUCGAACUUCGUGUAACGGCGUGAAAUGUCUCAACGGUCACACAUGCGUCGAAGAUCAAUACACAAUACCCCACUGUAUUGCUUGUAAAAUUGAUUGCCCCGAAGAUGAUGCUGCCGCCAUUGCAGCGUUGCCGAUCGAUCCGUCGCGCGCCGUCUGCGGUGUGGAUGGGAAGACAUAUCGUAGUGUUUGUGAUAUAAACCGAAUGAUUUGCAAAAGUGGUCGGUCCAUUGCCGUUGCAUAUCCGGGACCAUGCCGAGACGAUCGUCCCACUUGCAGCGAAAUCAACUGCGGCCGCAAGCACACCUGCCUGGUGGACUUGCUGACCCUGGAGCCGCGCUGUGUCUCCUGCAGCUACAAAUGCGCGCGCAAGCGUCGACCAACGUCGCUGCGCUUCGAGGAGGGCAAAAUAUGCGGCGUCAACAAUCGCACAUACAACUCAUGGUGUGAAUUGCGGCGCGACUCCUGCAACACCGGCUUUCUCAUCGACGUCAAAGCACCUGGCGAAUGUCAUUAAAGAUGAAUAACGGUAAAAUGACGUUUAACAAAAAUGAAAUGGAAGAAAUACAAAAACAUAAAGCGUAGAACGGCUAGCUAUUUGUAGUUGUUAAGAAAAAGGCUUUUAGCAAAAAUCAGUAGUACUAAAUUUACCCACCCAGAUACCCACGCACACAUACAUACUCGCACAGACACACACACACACCUAUGAAAAUUAAACAACAUUAGUUUGUCUUCCAAGCAGCGCAUAUCUCCAAAAUGCGCAACUUGCGGCACUCACUCAUACACGCGCACAUACACUCACAUAUUUACAAUUGUCGUUGUGUCUGUAUGUGUUUGCUCUGGCCGCUAAGCUCCUUUUUGUGCCGUAACCCCGUCAAAUUGUUCGUUUUCCACCUUAGUCCUUAGAUACUUCCAAAGAUUAUGUAUGUUUAAAUGUCACACAUACACAUACAAACAUCGAUAUUGACAGUUUUAAACUUAUUUAUAAUAGUGUGUAGUAGAAUGAAGGCUUAGUUUAUGACGUGCAUAUAUAACUAACGACGCUGUAAUUACAUAAGUUAGCCAAUUUAGAGAUUUACAACGACUUAUAAAUGCUUAACGCCCCCACACCAACACAUACACACAUGCACAUAUAUAUCAUGCAUAUAUACAUAUAUACUAUAUGUAUAUACAUACAUUUAUCGUUGUAUAUAAGUAUAUGGCAGCCACUUAUAACUCACUUAAACACACUUGACCAUACAUCUAAAAAUUACAACAGCAAAAACAUAUCUUAAGAGGCUUUUAAAAUAAACACACACACACACACAAUAAAAUACACAAUAUAAAAUACACAAUUAUAAUCGAUCAACACACAUACACAUGAAGACAUAAAAUUUCCAUAAACACACAUACAUAUUUAAUUAGCGUAAAUGAAUUAGUAGUUUAAACAAAUCUAUAGUGUAUAAUUAAAUAAAUUAACUUAUUAAUUAUCAUAUUAAUUAUUAUAAUUAUUAUUAUGAAUAUAAUUAUUAUUAUUAAAUGUCAGUGUUGAUUUAUUAUUGAUGCAAGUACUCAUACAUACAUACAUUAACAUUAGGGUGGGCAACAAAAAAUAUAUGUAUAUAUUAUAUAUUAAUUUUCUUUCUUUGAUACCGUGAAAAUAUCGUCCGAAAUCAUGUAAAAAGUGUAGUCAAGUUUGAGCGCUUAGUAUUAAUAAAGCGUGAUUUUUUCAGUCAUGUGAUUUUCAAGCAGAUAUAAAACGCAUAAAUUUAAUGUUGAUUUCGAGCAAUUGGUCGAGUAUUCUUUUCCCCUUCGACAAUUGGUUUUUGUAAGCUCGCAAUCCCAGAUCUUUCCGCAAAAUCUUCCAUAAAUUGAAUGUGCUCAGCUCCAAUUGUUGCGUUGGAUUUCUUCGGGUCUUCUUCCAUACUCUGCUCCACAGCAGCAAUAACGUGGUGCGUCCAUUUGAACAAAUUAUUCUA